AUGUUUUCUCAUUCUUAUCGGCCGUCAUAUAUCAAGACUGCACUUAAGUACUCAACGUAUGCACAUGGAGCAUCACCAAGACUUAAAAACAACGACCCUUUGUCCCAAAAACCACAUGAAUCCAAAGUUCUGAUUGUCAAGGAAAGGGACAGUUAUCAGAUUGAUGAACUAUCGCUUAAUGCGGCUAUACUUAUCAAACAAUCUGAGUGUGCUCUAACUUCCAAGCACAUUCCUCCUAGGCUCCAAACAAUCACGAAGUGUUGUAAACAGUUUUGGAUGGCGAAUUUUCCCGAGUGGUCUCGCAUUCUUGAGAUAAAACUGGACAAGGACCCACACUUUCUUGACAAUCAUAUUUCAGAACCCGGUUUCCCGCAUAGUUUCUCUGCUCAGCUUUCAAAAAUUUUUAAUUUCAAUAUCAAACUAGCAGGAUUCUUGGAUUCAAGUAUUGCAUCAGGAGAGGUUUUUAAUUUUCUACGGUUUUGUGAUUCCGUUUACAAAGAAUCGCGAACAGCUAAAGGAUUUCGACGUGGUCAUAUUAUACAGACCUCAAUGGUUUACGAAAAGCUAGCAAAUUAUUACGCAAAAUGUGGUGACUGGAGUGGAUACAUUAAAUUACUGGAACGAAUGAAACGAGAGGGUUUGUUACCUUCAAAAAAUACUUAUUUCUAUGGAUUCGAAUGUUUGGGUAAACUUAUGAACAAGAAUGGAUCUCAACUUCCACCGUCUUCGCACCCUCAGUCUAUUUCAAAAAAUAAAGCAUUUAAUCGCAUAACUCCCAAAUCAGUUAUACCUAUGGAAAAAAUUGGACUCGAAGCUAAAAAUCUAAUAGAUGCUGCUGAAAAGGAGGGACAUGAUCUAACUCAGGGUUUACUAGGUUUAUCUCUAGAAGAAGGUUCAUUGAGGAAUAUUCUCACCGCUUUGCUGUAUGUCCGACCAAAUAUAAACCCAAAUCUUAAUUACUUUAUACACUAUUCAUCCAGUAAUACUUCAACACAUACCAAACGUAUCAAGGAAAUAUCUCAUCCAGCUCAAAAACAUUUAGAUAGUGUUAAACACGAACGUAAAAAUCCUUACGCCGGUAUUUUUACGGAUUUUGGUGACAUUUCAAAGGCAUUUAAAAACCAGAUGUAUGUAGAACAAAUGACAGAAGUCACUGUCCCACCCGUACUUUCACCAUUCGGUCAAUCAGAAACUACCUCUUUAUCGCCAGAACUAAAAAAGAAUUUGCAUAAUGCUUUGAUUGAAGAACGUAAACACUGGCAUCAAAUCCUACUAACUGCUUUUAAUGAACAGUUGAAAAGGCUUAAAAUAAUUCAUGCAAAAGGAAAACUGACAGCUUAUCCAUUCCUGAAGAUCUUGCCUGCAUCAACUUAUACAGAUCUGAUGAUUUCGGGCAUUGAUAUGUUAAUUGUGGAUUCAGCUUUACAAUAUACCUCCUCAUCAAUUGCUUGUCUUCAACUUGGUCGGCGUGUAGAACGCGCUUGUACUGUAUACCGCCAAGAAAAAAUAGGAUAUUUUAAGCAGUUAGAGAAAAUGUACAUGACAUAUGCUACUUUGUUUAAUGAACAUGAAAUGAAAUUUUCUAAUUUCCGUCAUAUGUGGCUAUAUGCUUUGCAGUCACGUAUAGAUCAAGGUCCGAAUACGCAACAUAAUUGGACUUCGUGGCCUCCAACAAUUCUUUUCAUGAUUGGUGAGGUAUUAUACAGUCUUAUAUAUGAACAUUUACGUUUCGACUUAAAUGGCCCACUUAGAGUUCGUCAUGAAUUCUCAAAAAGUAAUGAAAAGACAAGUAGUAAUAUUUGUCGUAAAGAUACUCCAGCUAUCUUUGAAGUUCUCGCAGAAUUCCCAACUGAAGUAACUAAUGAAAUUAAGGUUCAUCCAACGCUAAUUAACUGGUAUCGUGAUGCAGAUUAUCCACCCUUAAGUUUCCAUCCAUGUGCUCUACCUAUGCUUUGUCCACCAGUUCCAUGGAUCAAUCUUGAUGAUGCUGGUUAUUUGAUUUCAAGAAAUUAUGCAACACGUCUGAUUAGAUGUACCAGUGUUUCAUCAACAAACCCAACUUUUCUUGAUGACUUGGACUUUGAUUCCAAUCAAAUUCCAUCAAUAUUAGAUGCUCUCAAUUGUUUAGCUUCCUGUCCAUGGAAAAUUAAUAACACCAUUUUAGACUAUCUUAUUCAAGUGGCACGUUCUGGUGGCAAUGAAACUCUCAAUAUUCCCGAAUGGAGAAGUAAACCUAAACGUGUUGAUUUGAGAAAUGAUAUGACCGCCAAAGAACGUCGGCUCGCCUACAGAAAAUACCAUGAGGAUAGACAAGAUUAUGGUGAAUUUUGUUCACUGUGGAGCACUGAACUGUACAGACUAUCUAUAGCUAAUCAAUAUCGUGACAAAAUUAUUUGGUUUCCACAUAGUAUGGAUUUCCGUGGUCGUGUAUAUCCUUGUCCUCCCCAUUUCAAUCAUACCGGUAGCGAUGUAGCUAGAAGUCUUAUUGUAUUUGCAAAGGGAUUACCUCUUGGUCCUAAUGGCCUAGAUUGGCUUAAAAUUCACUUAGUCAAUUUAACAGGUUUAAAGAAGAGGUGCACCCACUCAGAACGUUUAGAAUAUGCCGAUUCUAUAAUGAAUGACAUUAUUGAUUCUGCUGAGAAACCAUUCGAUGGUAGGAGAUGGUGGCAAAAUCAAGCAGAGCCGUGGCAAAUCUUAGCUUGUUGUAUCGAAUUAAAAAACGCUUUGUCACAUCCAUCUGGACCAGAAUCAUAUGUUUCUCAUUUUCCUGUCCAUCAAGAUGGUUCUUGUAAUGGAUUACAACAUUAUGCCGCCUUAGGUCGUGAUCUUCGAGGUGCAAAAUCAGUUAAUCUUACUAGUAUGGAUUAUCCACAAGAUUUGUACAGUGACGUUGUUGAAAUCGUAGAAGAACAAAGGCGUAUCGAUGCAGAUGGCGGGAACUCUAUUGCUAAAACACUUGAAGGUUUUGUUCGGCGUAAAGUUAUCAAACAGUCUAUAAUGACUACGGUUUAUGGUGUUACUCCAUAUGGGGCUACUGAACAAAUCCGUAAACAACUUCGCGACCUACCUGAUUUUCCCAAAGAGUCUUUACUCCCUGCUUCUAGAUAUUUGGCUCGUUUAACACUGAAUAGUAUCGAAAAAGUUUUUACAUCUUCAGUUGAUAUUCAAAAUUGGCUUUGCAAAAUUGCCAAAUAUAUAUCUGGAGACUUACAACAUAGAGUUAGCUGGCAAACUCCUCUUGGUCUACCAGUUAUACAACCAUAUAUCCAGUCAAAUAAAAGUUCGACUGAUUCCGAUGAUUAUACAGUUAACUAUUAUAGUCAACUUAUCGACAAUAAUCAGAAACCAGAUUUACUAAAGAAUGAUAAAACGGGUGACAAUUUGAUAUCAUUACCAAAAUCAUCUAAACAGACAAGUGCCUUUCCACCGAAUUUUAUUCACUCAUUAGAUUCAUGUCAUAUGAUGCUAACGGGUUUGCAGUGCUUAAAAGAAGGCAUUGUUUUCGCCUCUGUACAUGAUUGUUUUUGGACUCAUGCAGCUACUGUAGAUACGUUGAAUCGAAUAUGCCGUGAAGAAUUUAUUGCCCUUCACAGUCAAUCAAUAUUAGGCGAUUUUGCUGAUUAUGUAAAACUAAGGUUUGGAUAUACAGACAAACAAAUCAAUGAAUUUAAAAGUGGAAAGAAACGAGAUCAGGCAUUGGCUUUCAAUCGUUUACUUUCGAAUCUCCCUAAAAGAGGUUCAUUCGAUUUGUCCGAAGUUAUGAAAGCAGAAUAUUUCUUCAGUUGA